CCGCCGCGGUCGUUGACCUGCGGCGAGGGGGGAAGGAAGAUGGCGAACUCCCUCUUCUCGAGACCCCGCUCGACUCCGACUGCGGAGAAGAUCCGCAAGUCUGAGCUCGCUAAGUUUUGGUUCAGCACAUCCUAUUAUCUCGGCCGACAGCUGGCUCUGUACCAGGCUGUGAGCAUUCCUGAACUGGGCGCUUUCACCCUUGUCAGAGAGCACGUGGUCAACCAGCAGAACAAUGUGGUUCUUGUUGAGAGACCCGUGUUUCAUCUGGCAAAGGCUCUUGCGCAGGACCACGACCUCCGAUACGACUACGUAGACGUUGCAGGACACGACGAGUAUCAGCAACUUCCUUAUGAUGAGAUAGCCUCGGAAACCGGCAUCUCUGAAGGCGCGGCGCGGCUUUGCGUGCAAAGGACCGUCUGCCAGUUCAGCGCCUGCAUAGGGAAGAGGCAGAACGUUGCCUUCGUUUGGUGGGAUGUUGGCAUGCUGCUGAUCGAAGGGAAGCGUGUCCAGAUGAAGUACUACGAGGACUUCCUGGGGAAGCUCAGUGGGACUGCCGAGGUGCUGCAGGCUCUUCUUGGGAUGCCAGAAAUGAGCAAGGCGGUCAUCUCACGCAGUGCCUGCGCGGCUUCCCUAACGGCUUCCGGACACGUUACUGUCUUUCCAAUGUACACGCACGAGAUCGAACUUGAAACGCCCGACACAGCAAAGGUGGACCUGAAGUACCACGUGAAGACCAGACGUGGGCAAGGCUGGGCAAGAGGCAGGAAAGGGGACCUUUGCGAGACGCGCCUCCUUCAUCACGCAGCGCUUCCUCCAAAGAGGUUACCGCCACUGACUGGAAUGCGGGGCAGAGACCAGGCAGCCGAGGAGAAAGAGCCUUGCACCAG